AAGGCUGCCAGCACAUUCGUAACUCUGGUUUUUUUUUCUCCACGACAAGUCAUUAUGAUGAGCGACUAUGCCUUCCACUUCUUCUCUUGCUGGCGACUCGCUUGAAUCCUGAUCACCAUGGACGCCUUGGUGGAAGACUCGGACAAACUCUUUCUUGAAGUCUUUGCUCAUCUCGCCGCUGUCGAAGCGCAACCAGGCUUGCCACUAGAUGAGGAACUUCUGAAACGUUCAGAAAGAAACCUUACUCCUACCUCACCAAAAGUCCUACUGUGGCGGGUGCUAGAGACGGGUGAAAAGCUAUUGCAGACGCUCCAACAAGACCCUCGACCGCUUACUCGACUGCUGGAGCGAGUCAUCUCACUACUGCCGUUCGACGAACUAAGAUCCACUAUAUCCGCGGAGAAGCUCCAAGAAGGCCUGGCUUCGCCUUCAGUUUCGAUACAAUUACUUUGCCUAGCAUAUCUGCGGAAAGCUGCAGACUCGCCCAGCGGCGCCUCUUUCGUUGCGACGAGCUCAAGUCUUGUUCAAUGUCAGUUCACAAUCUGGCUGUCAUCGGAAAGCACCGAGGUCGCAGAACGUUCCCUCGAGGUGAUUGAAGCGUUGCUUGCCGUCGACAGCCAAAAUAGCACAACGGUGUUAUCUGCGGGCCGCAGCUUUGCCGAAGCACAAGGACAAGGCCUGCUUUGGCGCAGAGUGUUCCACGAUCCUGAUGUGUACGCAACCCUCUUCGAAUGGACUUCACUAACGAAAUCGAAACGAGACGUCAACAAUAAGAAGGGUAUGCAGCUCGUCACAAUUUCACAGGCACGCUUAUUCGACUUCAUCGCGAGAGUGGCUCCUUAUGACUGGAGUGCGGUAACGACUUCUUCACUGGUUCAGAUCGAGGCUCAGUUCUUGAAAGACAAUGGUGGCAGUGAGCCAUAUGGGGGCAUCCUCCGAUAUGCUGCCUCACACAUGAUUGACAGGGGAGAUAUCCUGAUGGAGGUGCUGCGUCAAGAUUUCUUCGUCAAGCUGCUUGGAGUGGUGGAGGAGAGCAACAGGCAGAAUGUCUCUCCCCAGCUACUUGAGGCAAUCCAACAAGGCGCCGGGAUCACGGCAACGAAAGAUCAAGAAAGUGAUGGCCUCCACCUCUGAAGCUGAAAUGGGGCCCGGAUAUUCUCGGAUCCAACCAGGCGUUCUGUCGACAGCGAUGGAUCAUCACAGCAAAUACAGGCACCGACAUCUGAUGUGAAUGAUGUCGUUCAGGAUUGCGGGCAACCCGAAGGGUCCUGCGAUGUUCAAGAGCUGGAAACAUUCGGACUGGGCGGAGACGCUGGUAUAUGGAGUAUGUUGUACGGAACGAGCGACGAAAUCAGCCGCCACUUGAUGAACAUGUACGAUUAAAGAAGUUUGAAAUGUGCAUCAAAGCUCUUGUCAAUAGUCUUGUUUGCCGUAGGUCAAAAGAUGCAAAGUGACAUUCCAGGAAGUCCAUGUUUAUCCCCCUGAGGGUCGAAAGUGUUGAUGGAAUUCGCUUGACUUUCCUCGAGCUUG